UAUAUAAAGCGCCCAAACUUCGGCUCAAUAUCCAAUCGUGAACAAACGUCGCAAGGUGAAUCUUCAGGCAACUAUCACGGAAACACUAUGUCGAAAUCCGCUUUAUUCCUUUUGGCUAGCGCCCUCUUGGUGACUGUCGUCUGUUCUAAGACUCAAUUUGUAUCUCUUUCGACAGCUAAGACGCCCAUUGAAAUAUGCAAAUCGAGAGGAUAUGCAACGGCCUGUACGGCAACUAAUAAUAAUCAAUAUUGCGAAAAUUUAAAAUGUCGCUCUGCUACAUUGGCCGUUGCCCUUACCAGCCAAGCUCCAAAUUACAUGUGGUGUGGUUCCUCCAAAACUUGUAAGGACGGCAAAUGUGUAUCUGACACAACUUACCGGAAUCCCGAGGGCUUUUCCCUGACAGUGUGUUAAUAAAUUCAGAACGGAAUUCAGCAGCAGUCAUCGCCGUAUCUGGAAUGAAUCCGUCCCCAUAUGCAUUGAUAUAAAAAAGUCGGUACAAGAAAUACGUACCAGUCUUUUUUCAACUCUGUCAUUUUGUUUGUCAACAUAAACAAAUAUUGUGUGUUAUGCAUAUCAACGAA